AUGGACAGACCUUCGGGCCCUCUGGGCGCCGCGACCCAGUCGACGGGUCGAAGCCUGCCUGAUUUACCAACGCAAUCCAUCACGAUGCGACGACCAGUCGGUGCUCCCCGAACUCGAUCCCCGCCGCCGCUCUCAACGCUCCAGUGCCUCCCGUGCCCCUAUUCCCAAGAUCCGAAAGGUCCCUUCGAAUCCGGCCCUCUCCUCCGCUUCUCUCGCUCCCCCGGCGCCCACGCCAGCGAGCAAGGUCAUCGCCUUUGCGAGGAAGCCAUGCAGAAUGCCCUUCAGGAGAAUGAAGCCCAGGCUCAGCGAGCGGAGGGCGGAACCACCAAUGCAGAACUGAAGCCGGGUGUGACGAUUGAUCUCAGCCGCAAGGGGAUUCGAGAGCUUCCUGAGGAGGUUGUCGACGUGAUCAAGCACGAGCUGGAACGACUUGCUUUGUCCCACAAUCAACUCACGGCGUUUCCUACGAGAUUCUCCGAAUGCACCUCGUUACGAUACCUAAACGUUAGGAACAACCAGAUCAAGGACUUUCCCCUUCCCUUGUGCGACCUCAAAUCCCUCGAGAUUCUCGACCUCGGUCGGAAUAAGCUCCGAAUCCUACCACCCGAAAUUGUGAGAUUGACCUCGCUCAAGGUCCUCUCGGUCCAACGGAAUCGAAUUCGAGAAUUGCCCUUGUGUCUUGCCGACAUGGCAUCGCUACAAGUGUUGAAAUUGGAUGGAAAUGAUAUCAUGUUCCCGCCACCCGAAGUAUUCCAGGUUCCCGCCACCACACCGCCCAGCGAGGGUGUUUUACGUGAAAACGACGUGACCGAGCUCGCCGUCACAGCCCACAUAAAACGCGUCGCCAGCGGGCGUUUCCCCAUCAAGGUUAACGGCAGCGAAGUGGCGGAUAUACGGUCGCCCGCCAGCAUGCGUCCUCCGCCCAUUCCGACGCGUUCUCACUACCGCGGACUCUCCCAGCAGAGCACAACGAUGCGUCGGACCAAUGUCAUGCCCCUGACGAUUGGCAACGAGCGGCCGGAGAGCAGAUCCCGCCGCAUGGCGGUCAUGUCCAAGAAGGGAUCUGAUCUAGGGACGCUGGACGAGACCCAGGCCAAUAACCGCUUUAGCCACUACCGAGGACUCAGCCACGGCUCCGCGAUGCAAGGGCCGGGAGCGAACGCGAAUCUAGCAGACAAGAGCCCCGCGAGCCCUGCGGAGCCAUACUUGCAGCGACCGAUCUACGUUCGACGACUCUCCAUCCUCCCCGAAAGACGGCGAGAAUCCAAGGUGUAUGACCCUACGAUCGAGACGGCCAAGGGCAUACUAUACUCGGUGUUCCAGAUCCAUCCAAUGAUUCAGAUGCUCAUGAGCCUCACCAAUGACGGGUCGGCCAAGCGCUCUAGUCUGGAGAUUGUGUUUUAUAAUACUAAUUCUCACGUCGAGGAGCUUGAGCAGGCCAUCCAGAAGCACGAUCCGCUCAACGGCGACGACGAGGCGUCGGCGUACCACGACAACGAGAAUGUGCACCGGGCGUGCCAGACACUGGUCAGUGCCUAUACGCACGUGUGCACCCUUCUGGCGGGCAACAUCGAUACCUUUGUGGACAACGGCGAUCCCCGAUACAUCCGGACGCUGCUCGUACUCCUGUACAACAGCAUCAUGGAGCUGAGGCGGUCAUCGGAGCUUGUGAUGAGGUCACUACCGGGCCUCGUGGCGCAGCUCAGCGGGGGUCUUCGAAACGCCAUCCAAAACCGGGAACGCAACGGUAUCACGGAGGAGGUGAUACGGGCGUGGAGGUUGAUGGUGUCCAAGGCGACGACGGCGGUGCAGCAAACGGAAACGCUCAAGGCGCGCAUGUCGCUGAUCAAGCUCAAGGAGCCUGGCAUCCGGACGCAAACGGCGUUCUGGAACGUGUGCAGCAACUUCCUCCGGUCGUGGAGCGAUUUCGGCGCGGCGAUGAAGUACGCGGUCGGGCAGCACAACCUACCCAUCGGGGCAGACGCGCGCGCGCCUCCGACCGAUCCACCAGGCGAUCAAGGAAACGACGGACGCUAUCCGGCGGUCGCCGUGGUCGUAUAUCCUACGCGAGUCGAUGGGACCGAUGCUCAUGAACCCGAUGAUGUCGCCGCAGGAGCCCGGUAUGGGGGUGGGCCGAUGCAGCAGAUGCCCAUGACGCCGCAGAGCGCGGCGUUGGGGCCGGCGGCGCAGGCAACAAUCCCCUCGACACCGCAGAGCGCGUCGUUCUCGUCGGCCUUUUCCGGCAACGUGUUUGAGCGGGCGGACGCGCUGAUUUCGUACGGCGGGCUGGCGAUGCCGUCGCGAACGGGGACGAUGACGAGCAGCGGCGGUCCGGGGCCGGGCGGCCCAGGCGGGCUGGGCAUGACGGGCAGCAGCAUGGGCGGGUCAAUGUCGUCUUCGUCGUCCAUGUCCAUGUCCAUGUCUAUGUCGAUGCAGGACGGGAGCGGGGCGAUGACGCCGGCGACGAUGUUGAGUCCUGGCUCGAGCUUUUCCUCGGCGCGGCUGAAUGGGACGCGGAUGGCGUUUUAG